AUGUACACCACUACCCCCUUCUCCGCGCUGGUCGCCUUCUCCCUCCCCCUCCUAAGCAUCGCUCAUUUUCUCCUCUCCUACCCCGCCUCCCGCGGUUUUAACGAAGACACACUGUCCCAAUUUCCGUGCGGAGGACAAGAUACUGUAUCUAGCAAUCGCACCCUCUGGCCUCUAUCUAGCGGUUCCAUUGCUCUAGACAUGGAAGAUGCGUCUGCAAAUAUCGAGGUGCUUAUUGGAUUUGGUAACCAUGUGGGAAGUGCAUUUAAUACCGUUUUACGACAAACUUUUGCCGAGACGGGGACGGGAAGGUUUUGUAUGGAGGGGUUGGUGGUGGAUGGGGUGGGGUGGAAUGUGACGGAGGGGAUGAAUGCUACGAUUCAGGUCGUGACUGGGGAGGCGGGGACGAGUGGGGGGUUGUACAAUUGUGCGGAUAUUACUUUCUCGAAAAAUGUAUCGCUGUCUGUGGGAAGUUGUUCGAAUGCAACGGAUGUGCAGACUACUGCAGCGACAGUUGCAGGAAAUCCGAAUACUACGUCGACUUCGACAGAGUCUAGUUCUGGGGCAGCCGCAUUUGGAGGAAAUUAUAGAUCGGUGGGAUUGGUGGCUGCUGGUGUUGUGAUUGCUUCGAUGUGGUGA